AUGGCGCACGUCCUGCACAGCUUCUGGCGACGCCACCGGUGGACGGCCCUGCGCUCCCUGCUCCUUGUCGCGCUGCUCCACCGCCUCCAUUUCUUGGCCUUCCUCGCCGCCUCCUCGCCCGUCUGGCUGCUCACCGCCUUCCUUCUCGGUGCCGUCCUCGUCAACAGCGAACCCAACGUUCCCCUCGCAGCGGCAUCAGAGGAUGAGGACCGACACCUCUACAAGAAGAUCCGCCGGCACCAACCGGUCACGGGGGCCACCGGCAGCUCCCAAUCUGACGACGACAACGAAUCCUCGGUCACAAGCAUGGAGGACCACCUCGUUGUCGACAAAGCGGAGGAGGAGGAAGAGGUGCUCAAGGCGGCCGUUGCCUGGACGGCGGACGACGAGCACAGCAUCCGGAGCAUCGGGUCGCUGGAGCUGGAGAGGGACGCCAGGCUGGAGAAGCUCAUGUCCAGCCGCACCACCGCCCACCGGAACCUCAUCGACCUCGACGUCCACAUCCCCGCCGUGAUGGCGCCUAGUAGGACCAACAACCCCUUCGACCUCAACCACCAUUCUCCUCCUUCUUACUAUGAUGAUGGCCAUGGCGCAUCAGCCGCCGCCCCUGCCGGCUCCUCCCCGUCGUCCCUGCUCGUCCAGCACACCAACAACAACCCCUUUGAUAUCGAUAUCGAUAUCCAGCAGCAAAGGGAAAGGGAUAGCUGCGAUCCGGACGAGGAGGGCGACAACGAUGCGGCAAUAAUAAUGCUGAGACGGCACGAGAGCUUCACGGGGGCCAGCGCUGCCCCUCUCGCCCGCCCAUCGCGCUUCAAGCCAUACUUUGUCGCCGACGUCCCGGAGGGAGGCGGCGGCAGGGACGCCGGCAGCGACAACUCCAACUCCAACGCCUCCAGUCCAUCAUCCUCUACGGCCAGCGAUCGCCAGGCUCAGCAAGAAGCCGCCCAAGCCACAGUCAGAGUAGAAGAAGCACCUGCGGCACCGACGCCGCUGUCCAAGUGGGACGGCAAAGGCAAUGGGAUGGUGAUGGCGGUGGACGUGGAGCUCAUCAGUGAUUCCUCUGACGACGACAUGUCGCUGCAGGGUGACGAUGUCACCGGCGGCGGCGGCGGCGGUGGCAGCCUGAACAAUGCUCGCGGUCACUCGGAUGACGACGAGGAGGACUCGUUCGAGGUGGAGAGCAUCACGCAGCAAGUAGCUGCAGGUAGGUACCUGCUCUUCUGCAUUUUGGACAGCUAUUGCUUGCUGCAAAUGCAAAUUGAUGUGAUGCCAUGUGCAGGCAACCAGCAGCUGCAGCUGCAGCCGCCCCGUGUGACUGCUGUGGUUGAGCCCGUGUCGCCUCCAUCAGAGCAAGGCCACCGGCAGCAGCAGCACGAGGACGACGACAAAAAGGACGUGGGCAUCGUCAGUGGCAGCAACGAGUCCACGCUGGCAUCAGUGAAAGAGAACGAGCAGAGGGAGAGGGAGCUCACCGAGAUCAGGGAGCACCACAUCUUGGGCGCUGUUCCAGUCAUUGACUCAUCCGGCACCUCCGCUGGUGCUCGCGUUGGAGCUACAGGUGCCGCGGUCGCACCACCGGCAACUGCUGCUGCUGCAGGACCACCACCUCUAGCAGCACCACCACAGCCCGCGGCAGCUGCAUCAGCACCAACACCACCGGCAGCAGCUGCUGCUGCACGACCACCACCUGUAGCCACACCACCACAACCGGCAGCAGCUGCAGCUGCAGCUGCACCAACACCACGGGCAACUGCUGCAGCACCACCAUUAGGGAAGCUGAGCAGCAAAUCCAAGGUGGCCUCCAAGAAGAUAGACCCCAAGAAGGCUGUCUUCGGUCUCUUCCGAAAAUAG